AUGAAAACCCUACUUCCCGUGUCACUAGCCCUUCUGGUCGGGCUGUCGAAUGCGGCGGAUUUUCGUUCGCUUCUCGACAUGUGUUCGAAUCCACCAGCCGAACAAAAGCAGAUCAGUGACAAGAUGGCACUUCCAGAAGCCUAUAAGAUCAUGGGCUCAGUGACAAACUGGAAGGAGGGAAAGACGUCGCUUCUGCAGGAGACCGCCACGAAAGAAUUCCGAGUUUUGGAGAUUCAAGCAGACAAUUUAUCGCAAAAAUGGAUCCAAAUGUCGAGCGGAGACAGACGCAUUGAGUACAUCGCCAGCAACGGUACCUGCGAUGACAAGGCUGCUCCACCUGCGAUCCUGAAAGUUCCAAGGUUCGAUAGCAUCAUCGGACGAAACACCUCAUCUAUUGCCAGUAUCGUUGACGGAAUUAUCAACUUUAUUAGGAACAACAACGGAUUCUAUGUGAAGAACAACAUUGAGAUCGUAGGCGGAGUCAAUGCAAUGAAGUGGGUGUCUUGUGUGAAUGGAAGGAACGCGAGCGACACAAAAGUACUCGUGGAGCUAAGAUUCGGAGGCGAUGACUCGAUUCGGCCAGCUCUCAAGCAGUUCUCAAAUCCAAUUCUUCUUUCAAUUCGUCUCGCUGAACUAAAGGACUUCAACACCACGAUGCCAGACAAUCACUUCUCCAUCGAAUUCGAUCGGUAUGCAAUCCCACGUGGCGAUGAGCACAAAGCUCAGAUUGCUCAUGGAUUCUUCUGUGAGAAUAGAAAUGAGGUGGAUCUGGGUUUAAAGCCACUCAGCGAGUACGCGGCUACCCUUAGCUACUACAACUACAAGAAUAUGACACCAGAAGUCGUGGAAGUUCUCUACUCGCAAAAGAAGAAGAUCUUUGUAGUGGCAGGAGCCUCUUUCCGAAACUUCCUCAAGUCUUUCAACUAUUCCGCAGGAGUUGACUAUAUCCUCCACGACUAUAAUUACGGAUACGAGUUUACGAUGAAGAAUGGAUCAUGUGACAGCUUCGGACCGGCACCAAAUGAUACAAGUGAUGCGAUUGUGGACAACACGACGGCCAUCUUCAUGCAAAGAAUGGAGGAUCUGUUGGUGGAUCCAAAGUUACGUUGGAUGCCUUACCAAGACACUAUCGAUCUCGCUGGGAACACUUACAAGGCAUACCGAGCCCUAGAUAGUGCCGGUGUUGAGCAAUACGGUGUUGAGCAAGUCGUGGAAAUCCACCUCACUCAGGAUGGAUACGUUCAUGCCAUCAAUCGAUAUGACCACGAAACUAACGAGAUUGUGCAGUCUAUGAUGGUGACUCGUUGGGAUGUCGCAACCUCCGAGCUGAACCUUGCAAUGGUCCAAAUGACCGGAUGUUAUGAUAAUGGAAAAUUCGCCAAUAACACUUGGAUUGUUCCGAUCAAAGAUAAGAACAUCCGCAACUUGCACAGCGUCGGACUGAGCAAUCUGAACAAGGUCGUCGCGGAGACCAUCUCGAAGAACGUCUACGCAGUCAUCCCCUACAGAGUCAUCGUGUUCUACUUGGAGAGUAAUGGCGGUGGACUCUCACUGCUCCUUCGUUUAGCUGAGAAGACCGAUGUGGUGCCAGCAGAAGUCGGAUAUAAUCACACGAACGAACUAGCCACUUUCGAUUUGUUCAAUAAGAUGAAAAAAGCCAUGUUCUCCGGGAAAAUGCCGAUUGUAGUGGAAGUUGGAGGACAGAAGGAGGAAUGGUUCGUCGAUGUCUCCGGAAUCAAGGCCUUCCCAGCCGACACGGAUCGUCAAUUCCUCGGCUACACAGGCGGUGCGAUGUUCGUCCUCGGCGUCUUCUGCAUCAUCUUCGGUGUGGGAUUGGGAGCCGGCGGUUUCGUCGCCUAUAACCGUCGCGAGCAUCUCUCCCAGAUUGCAUAUAGAGUUUUCUAG